AAACACCUCACAGUGGCUGUCCGAAACGGCAAACCUGAAGGGGGCGUGGUCUCUGUAGCCCCACUCACGGGGAGGCAGGCAUAGCCUCUGGGGGCGGGGAGUGUACGGUGUAGCAAGCCUCUUCCGCACUCCUGACUGGAGAACCAGUGUUGUUAUCAUGGCUGCUGCCCGUCCUCUGGCCGGGCUCCUCUUGUGCCUUGCAGCUCUCCACAGCGAGGCCUCCACCCGAUAUACCCCUGACUGGGACUCGCUAGAUAAGCGCCCUCUGCCGCCCUGGUAUGACGAGGCCAAGUUCGGCAUCUUCCUGCACUGGGGGGUGUUCUCGGUACCGUCGUUCGGCAGUGAGUGGUUCUGGUGGAACUGGCAGCACGACAAGAACCCCGCGUAUGAGCAGUUCAUGAGCAAGAACUACGCGCCAGGCUUCUCCUAUGCCGACUUCGCCCCGCACUUCACCGCAGAGUUCUACGACCCCGAUUCCUGGGCCGAGCUGUUUGAGGCUGCCGGGGCUCGGUAUGUUGUCUUAACUACAAAACACCAUGAAGGAUUCACUAACUGGGGUUCCCCAGUAUCUUGGAACUGGAAUGCUGUGGACACCGGACCUCAUCGGGACCUUGUGGGAGAUCUUGGGACUGCACUAAAAAAAAGAAAGAUGCGCUAUGGGUUGUAUCAUUCAUUAUUGGAGUGGUUUCAUCCUCUUUACUUGGCUGACAAAAAGAACGGCUUCAAAACUCAGUAUUUUGUGCUUGCAAAGACAAUGCCAGAACUGUAUGAUCUGGUAAUGAGGUAUGAGCCAGAUAUUCUUUGGUCUGAUGGGGACUGGGAAUCGCCUGAUACUUACUGGAAGUCCCUUGAUUUUCUGGCAUGGGUGUACAAUGACAGUCCUAUUAAGGACAAAGUCGUGGUUAAUGACCGCUGGGGAAGUAACUGUUCUUGCCAUCACGGAGGCUUCUAUAACUGUGCUGAUAAAUACACUCCAUCUACGCUACCAGACCACAAGUGGGAGAAAUGUACUUCCGUAGACCACUACUCCUGGGGCUAUAGACGCAACAUGCAAGUGAAUCAGAUGAUGGAUGAAGGAAGCAUAAUCUCAGAAUUGGUGCAGACUGUGUGCUACGGAGGAAAUUAUCUGUUGAAUGUGGGGCCCAGCAAGGAGGGCAUGAUCAUGCCAAUCUUCCAAGAGAGACUACGAAAUGUUGGCAAAUGGCUGAGCAUUAAUGGAGAAGCUAUUUAUGCCACUAAACCCUGGAGGGUGCAGAGAGAAAACACUACAGUGGAUGUAUGGUACACUGCUAAGGGUUCAGCUGUAUAUGGCACUUUCUUCAAAUGGCCUGAAGAUAACUUGAUGAAGCUUCAGGCUCCCAAACCUACUACAAGUACUAAUGUGACAUUAUUGGGUCUGUCUGGAGUGUUACCAUGGAAACAAAACCCAGAAUCUGGUCUGCUUGUUAAACUACCAACCAUCCCUCCUGGCGUCUUCCCUGUGAAUUAUGGCUGGACUCUAAAGCUAGAAGGUGUAAACUAAAGCCUUGCAAAAGGAGAAUGUAUCGGGAACAGUAACCUGUUUGGAGUUCAGUCCACACAAUUCAUCCAAAAGAUAGAAAGAGACGUGUGUAAUGUGCUGAAAGAAGACUGUGGUGUUGAAUAGAAUCCCAGGGUUGGCUCUUUACCGUUCUUUGUGUUUAUGUUGUAAUGUUGGGGUCUUCAGAUUCAGGGGUUCUCAUUGAUCAGCUGAUUAAAUGAUUUGUGGUCCUGCCACUGCAACAUAUAUUACCUUCUAAGCAGGAACUAGUAGUUGGCGUGGGACAGAAGUGCCUACGUAUUACAUAUUCCUAUUGCCUUACUUAUCUGUACAAUGUGGUUUAGGCUGUGUACACUGCUCAUGCCUGAACUUCACACCAAAUGUGAAUUGCACUAUACAACCCAUUUAGAUCACUAUCUUAUAGUACAUGUGUUGCUAAUCAAUAUAUUUUUUUAAUUAUUUUUUUACUCUUGUGCUGUUUUCUGUCAACAUUAAAUUGCAAUGCCUUAUAAUAAAUGAUAGUAUAUUGUAGUAAAAAAAAAUCUAGACUAUUUAUAGGCGGACUAUGGCUUAAAGGGAAUGUUUCGCUAGAUUUCUUAUUCCUGAUUACAGUCAGAUACUUACGGGUAUUUUUUUUUCCCCUAAUGUGUUUCUAUUUUCUAUUUGUAAUUUUCUUGCGCGUUAUUAUGGGUGCUGUCGUCCUGCCUGAGCUGGUUUUAGUAGCAUUUAGUGAUAUGCUUUACAGCAGGACUAGAGAUGAGCGAACUUACAGUAAAUUCGAUUCGUCACGAACUUCUCGGCUCGGCAGUUGAUGACUUAUCCUGCGUAAAUUAGUUCAGCUUUCAGGUGCUCCGGUGGGCUGGAAAAGGUGGAUACAGUCCUAGGAAAGAGUCUCCUAGGACUGUAUCCAUCUUUUCCAGCCCACUGGAGCACCGGAAAGCUGAACUAAUUUAUGCAGGAAAAGUCAUCAACUCACUCAUCUCUAAGCAGGACCCAUGGAUCAUAGACAGUACAUGUCCCUUUCAGAUGCAUUGGAGACCCUACUGGGCAUUUUUCUGUGACCUUUUCAGAGGUUAUUCUACAGGGAGGGGGUGCUGAGCUUUGCUGUGAAUGGUGGUGAUCCAGAGUCUCUGAUUAGAAAAUGGGCAUUACUGGGAAAUGACCUGUACAGAACAGCUUAGUUUUAGGCCUAGUGGCCAGAAUGGAAACUGCAAUAUCUUUUUUAAAUUAUAGAUACCGUAUUUUUCGCCCUAUAGAAUGCUCUGGCAUAUAAGACGCACCCAAUUUUCUAGAAGAAAAUCUAGAAUACAAUGUAAACUAUAGGUCACAGUGAUCUUCAACCAGCGGACCUCCAGAACUACAACUCCCAGCAUGCCCGGACAGCCGUUGGAGUUGUAGUUUUGCAACAUCUGGAGGUCCGCAGGUUGAAGACCACUGGUAUAGGAGGUAAUACUCACGUGUCCCUGCCGCUCUGGACCCGUCACCGCUGCCAUGGAUGUCGCCCUCCAUCGCUGUCACUGCGUCCCCAGGGUGUCCCCGUCGCUCCGGAACGUCUCUGCUGCCCGGUAUCCUCACUCUCCGUCGCCGCCAUCAUGUCGCUACGCACGCCGCUCCUAUUGGAUGACAGGGCGUUUGUGCGUGAUGACGACAGAGAGCGCCGGUCAUGCAGGGGAUCCCGGCACGGAGCAGACACUGAGGAGGCAGGUAAGGUCCCUCCCGGUUAGUGUCACUUUCGCUUCAGACGCGGCGGUCAGCUUUGAUUGUUGCGUCUGAAGGGUUAAUACAGGGCAUCACUGCGAUCGGUGAUGUCCUGUAUUAGCCGUGGGUCCCGGCUGUUGAUGGCCGCAGGGACCGCCGCGAUAGGUGUGUAUUAGCCAUAUAAGUCGCACCAUUGAACAGUCUUAUAUGGCGAAAAAUACGGUAAUAAAAAAUAAAUUGAUUUAAACAAACUUGAGGACACAUUCCCUUUUACCUGCUCUACAUAGGUACCUGAAGACUUGACAUGUGCAACAUGCAGCUGCAGUGUGCUAGGAUACUACCUUUACGCAGCAACAUUUACGGUGUAAACUCCUGUUUUUUAGCAUAAACUGGGACACAUCUUGUAGGGAAACUAUUUCCAUGUUAUGGGAUCCAUUUGGGUUUUAUGGUGUAAACAGUUUGUGUAGAUGCUUCUUUUGGCCAGUUUCUCACAAGUGUAUUUAAGGUGCAAGUCCCUGCUCAACCACAGGUCUACAGACCCAAACUGACAGCAUCAUAGGGAUUUAUUCAGCUCAGGCCCAUAGACCGCACAGGACUUGCAACUGUAAUAGAUGCAAAAAUACACUCAUUCUGCUUGUGUGAUAGGUGAAUGCACUGUAAUGGCUGCAUAGUAAGGGUGGGGAGAAGUGUCUAUGUUGUCUAUUUUGAGUGAAUUUUAUAUGGGUUUACACACUUAAUUUUGUAAUCGGAUUCUUGCAAACCUUUUCAAUUUGUCCAGUUCAAUCAUGUUUUUUGGUUUUGUAUUUUCUUUAGUUCUGAUAAAAUGAUUUACCCACUGUAAUUGAUCUGCCUUUGU